AUGAAAAUCCAUUAUAUUAAUAUAUUAUUGUUUGAGCUUCCAUUAAAUAUAUUGAUAUAUAAUCAAAGGAACCAUUACAUCACACGUACACCAAAAGCAACCACUAGGACAUUAUGCGAAUGUGAAUUGUAUGCACCAUCAAACUAUGAUAGUGAUCCCGAAAUGAAAAGGGUAAUGCAACAAUUUGUGGAUCGUACAACACAACGAUUUCACGAAUAUGACGAACGUAUGAAAACUACACGCCAAAAAUGUAAAGAACAAUGCGAUAAAGAAAUACAAAAAAUUAUUUUAAAAGAUAAAUUAGAAAAACAAAUGGCACAACAGUUAACCACAUUAGACCCGAAUAUAACCACUGAAGAUAUUCCCACAUGUAUUUGCGAAAAAUCUUUAGCAGAUAAAACAGAAAAGUUUUGUCUUAAUUGUGGAAAAACUAUGGGAGGGGUUGCCCCCGGUUGGGGUCUGGUCAGCGGUUUAGGUUAUGUAGGAUGGACAAAUUAUGUUACACAAACGGCUCUGCAAAAGGGUAUUGAAGCAGGUGUUAAAGCAGGGAUUGAAGAAUUAAAAGGUUUUCCUGGCUUACGUAAAUUAAUUAAGGUUUCACAAAUACAAAGUUUCAUUAAUCCUGCAAAUUAUGCUGAAGAAACGACGUAUUUUAAUUUUAUUAAGCAAGUAGAAAAUACAAAGUGUGUUGUUAAAGAACACACAUUUUGCUAUUCCACAUAUAUUUCGAAAGAAAAUGCAUUAUCCCAGCGAGCAUCAGAAAUAGCAAAAAAUGCUGCAGAUAUGGCUAAACUUGCUGAAAGAGAAGUAUUGGACAAAGCAGCACCUGUUACUAGUGGUUUAAAUACUGCUAUUAUUGCUUCUAUUGUUGCAAUACUAGUUAUAGUUUUAGUUAUGAUAAUUAUUUAUUUAUUUUUACGUUAUCGUAAAAAUAAAAAAAUGAAGAAAAAACUCCAAUAUAUCAAAUUAUUAGAAGAAUAG